AAUAAUAACGAAGGCAAAUGAAACUCUUGGGCAGGGACACAGAGCUAAAAUUUGAUUUAUAGAUGACUUUCAUGACCAGUCACUCAGGAGCAAGGGAAUAUUCUUUUUGUUUGUUUGUUUUUUGUUUUUGUUUUGUUUUUCGAGACAGGGUUUCUCUGUGUAGUUUUGGUGCCUGUCCUAGAUCUCGCUCUGUAGACCAGGCUGGCUUUGAACUCACAGAGAUCCGCCUGGCUCUGCCUCCCGAGUGCUGGGAUUAAAGGGGUGAGCCACCGCUGCCUGGCCCAAGGAAAUAUUCUAUCCACGUUUUUCAAAUACAGCUAAGUUUCUUGUUGUGGCCACAACCGUUUCUUAGUAGGUCGAAUUGGGAUUGCAAAUUUAUACAGGUCACUUCUUGCAGCCUCACACUUGGGCUUAUGUCUUAGAAACCACUAAUUAACUGAUCACUUUAACUUAAAAUAAUAAGAAAAUCUAGAUGGCAAGUGAGGACUUAAAAUCCAUAGGAAAAAACUAGGGGUAGAGGGACACUGCGUCUAACCCAGCACUCAGGAGUUUAGGCAGGUCGAUAACCCUGAGUUCCGAACCAGUCUGGGCUACAAUGUGAGUACCAGAUCAGCCUGGGCAAGACUGAUCUAGUAAAACAGCGAGACUCUCUUUCCAAAAGUCUCAAAACAAUGAAAUUCACGAUACAGACUUUUUCAUCGAAAUACGGAGCGCGGGCCCGUUUUCAGGACCACGGACAGCACACACAGAGUCGCUCUCUCAUAUUAUUGGUGCUGAAAAAUGGUUCUCCGACUGCUCAAGAGGGUACUUAAUUAGCUUCAGAAUUUACAACCCCUGCUCCACAUUCAUCAUUUCAUUCCUCACCGGCCUUGCCUUCAAGGUGAUCAUUAUUGGCUCUGUGACACAGAGGAAGCAACCGAGACUUAGGAGGUCCAUGAGACACCGAAAGUGGCAAGAACCAGCUUUGAUUUACAGCAUUCUCCCCACGGGCAAAAUGACGCUGGAGCAGAACCAAGUAUAUUGAGAGGGCUGUGGCAGUGUUUCAGGUAUCCUACGCAAAAUGGUUCCAGCAGUCUGAGUACUUCUCUUUGAUAUCAAAGACUCAGGCAGUGAAUUGUUGAGAGUCCUCUUGGUGGGCGCAUCUGAAGGUUUAUAAAGCGCCUUUUCAUCUGGGGGUGGAAAUGAACACCCUCACUUUUGGAGCUGAGGGAACCAAAGCUCUGAGAGCCCCUGUGAGCUGGCCAGUGUCGCACAGUGAGAUGAUAGACCCAGGACAAAAGCUCAGGCCUCCUUCGUCCAGCCUGUGGAGGUGAGCACUGAGCAGAGGACCUGGUGGAAACAUGGGGGGUGGCACAUGUCAGGUGAUGUGUAGCCAUGGGAAAGAUGUGUGUGGGGCACCAGAGGGCAUGAUGGGGCAUCAAAAGAGUACUGUGGUGUGGCAUAGUUGGGCCAGGGCUAGGGUAGUGAGAGGGAUGUCUAGAGAAUGGUAUAUGGAGGAUUAUUAAAGUCUUUUUACUUCCCUGUAAUUAAUGGAUUAUGGAAUUAUCUGUGACUUCAAAUCUUUUGUUGUCACAGAUCAAUAUUCAAAGGCUGACAAACCCAGACAUGGAGUUUCCCUGGAAAAUGCCUUGGUUUUGGACACUGCUUCUGGAAACUUCAGUUUUCUUAUAUGAAAAAAAAAGAGUCCAGGCCUCUAUUAAGGUUGAGGUUGUAGCAAUGGAGUAGAGAGAGAGAUUUCAAGUGAAAUUAAUGAAGACAGUCAAAGCUGAGGGUGCAGAGUACUGGAGGAAGGAGGUGGAGGAAGAAAACUCACCAGAAGCGGCUGCGGCGGUCCUGCCGGGAGGAGAAGCCAGAGACCUUCCUGCACCCCUUCAGACUCAGAGGAGGAAGGCUGACGGAGAAUGCCCACUCGAGGUCCUGAGAGAGCAGCAUCCCCUGCAGUACAGGUGGGCUCUGUGGUUCUUCAGGAAUGACCGAAGCCGAGCCUGGCAGGACAACCUGCAGCUAGUCACCAAGUUGAACACUGUGGAGGACUUCUGGGCGACGUACAGCCACAUCAAGUUGGCCAGUAAGCUCUCCUCUGGCUGCGACUACGCUCUGUUCAAGGACGGCAUCCAGCCCAUGUGGGAGGACAACAGGAACAAGCGAGGUGGCCGCUGGCUGCUCAGUCUUGCCAAACAACAGCGCCACAUUGAACUGGACCGUCUGUGGCUGGAGACGCUGCUGUGUCUGCUCGGGGAGAGUUUUGAGGAGUACAGCAAGGAGGUGUGUGGGGCUGUCGUCAACAUCCGCGCCAAGGGAGACAAGAUCGCCCUGUGGACCAGUGAGGCGGAGAACCAGGCGGGAGUGAUGCACAUCGGGCAUGUGUACAAGGAGCGUCUGGGCCUCUCUACGAAGACUAUCAUUGGGUACCAGGCCCACACAGACACUGCUGCUAAGAGCAAUUCCUUAGCCAAGAACAAGUUUGUGGUGUGAGGCAGACUUCAGCCACCACUCAUGGGAUGCCCUCUUACUGCUGUUUGGUGCACAGGGAAGACUAAACUGUGGGCCCUGGGGCCACAACUUGGCUCUCUACCUGUCCUGGAACACACAUAAGCACCCUCACCCCUUAGAUAAGGUCUCACUAUGUUGCCCAGGUUAACUUCGUAUUUUUUACCUUAAGACAUCCUCCUGCUCCAGACUAAAUAACUGGGAUUACAGGAGCUCA